AUAAAUGUGUUAAGCUUUAUUUAUGGUGCAAUAUGUAAUGCAAUAUGUGAGAAUGCAGUCAUUUAUUUUGUAGUGGAUAAUGACUACAAUGUCGCUUCCAUAAAUAGAAUGCUAUUACUAUUAUAUAGUUCACUGUGGCACACAGAGGAAAAUAAAAAAGACACAUCAUUGUUUCGAUCACCCAACCCACCAUUAAUGGAUAAAAUAAAACUGAUUUACAAAAAUCGUAAAUUGUGGGAAAGUUACUCCUUAUCACUAACACUGGAUAGGUUUAGUGCAUUUCGCAGAAAGUUUGAUAAGGUCAUUGUAUUUGGAGAUUGCCCUGAUAGUAUUGCAAAAUAUGUUGUGAAUUACCGAGCAAACAUUGGUCCUAUCAAGGCUAUUUGGAAUAAUCUUAGUGGGAACGAUAAAUGGUGCACUUCAUUCCCAAUGACGGGAUGGAUUGAAUUGAAAGGAUUAGUAGAUAAUAUUUUCAAAUAUUUAUCGUUACCGGAUGACAAAUGUUUAGUAGAACAAAUCGAUAAAAUUGAUGAAACUUACAAACUGAAUUCCAUGUUUGACCUACCUCUUCAAAUGAACCUAUCAAGUGAGCAACAAGGUCACAAUAAACUUUCUCAAAUAAAAUCAUCUCAAGACAGUUUCUGCCGCGUGUAUAUAUCAUCAUCUUACAUUGACAUGCAUGCGGAACAUGAUCUGAUUUACCAUACUUUAGUGCCAAAUUUGUGUCAAAAUGUUGCACAAACGUGCAGUACUUGCCUUGAUCUAGUUGAUCUACGUAUUGGUGUUCCUGAAUCAAUCACCCGUAGUCUCAUAGCUUUGGAAAUGUAUUUGAAACAAGCAGCAGCCUCUGAUAUAUUUAUCCUGUUAUUGGGUGAUAAAUAUGGUUGGGUUCCUGAUGAAUCGUUAGUUAGAGCAUUGCCUGAUUCACUUCUAGCUGAAGUCAAUAAAUUUUACAAGCUUGGAAUGUCUGUCACAGAAAUGGAAUAUCAUAUGGUGAAACUAGCUGCCGUAAAUAAAUUGUCCAGAUCAAGUUUCAACAUGUUUCCUUCUACAGUGUUCGUAUUCAUUCGAGAUUUUAAUACAAGUGACAUACCGAAUGAAUAUGGACAAAUAUUUCGUGAUCACGAUCCAGUCAAUCUUCAUCACCUCGAUGCGUUCAAACAACUCUUACUGAAUGAUGGAGUUUCUAUCCUCAGUUAUUCUGCUCGAUUCAUUGGUGUAAUUGAUGACCGUCCGAUGAUGGGAAAUCUAGAUAACUUUGCAAAUCAAUUUAUAUCAACACUAGAAUCAACGCUUAAGAGAUUAUAUUACAACCCUGUAAAUGACGCUAUUAAGUCGCCAAUGGUUACGUCGUCUGAUGAUAAUGAUGAAUUGAUAGAUAUUUCAGAAUGUUUUGCAACUUAUGUGAAUCCAAUAGCUUGUAAUAUAUCACCACGACAUUUGUUAAAUAUACAACAUGCCUUUAAAACAAUGAUUGGAAAAUGUGUUCCGACUUAUUUCACUGGCCAACAUACAAAAUCUGAUGAAUCUUCAAAUACAACUUCUAAGAACGUGAGAAUUGAAGAUAGAACCUCAAAUGAUCAAAACGAAAAUGGAGGGAUUUUAGUCAUUACUGGAAGUCCUGGAAGUGGAAAAACUGUUCAUCUGGCUGCAUUAGCAAUGUCGUUGGCUACAAGUGAUCAUCAUUCUACUUUGAUGAGCUCGAAAGAUUAUACUCGAUCAACAAGUACCACACGGAAACCAAUGUCAAACAGUCAAUCAUUGGCAAAGUAUCAAAUUUUAAUUCAUUUUACAAAUGGUAUACCGAGUACAGGUUUACCAUCAUGUAAACAAUUGUCUAAAGUGCUUGAUCAUUGGAUCAAAUGUCUAGCUGCCCAAUUACAGAGUUUAUUCAGUUCAUCAAAUAUUCUCAAAAUCUUUCUUUCGAAGAUCAAAGUUAAUUUGGAUAGCACAAAUACAGCAAACGAUCACCAUAAUCUGAA